AAAAAUGGUUAAAAAUGUCAAGCAGAAAGAUCUUCGGCAGAUGUUUCCAGCUAAAGUUAGUAAAUUGAAGAAGUCCCAAGAUGUAGAAACUGACAUAAAAGUAUCUCUGAACGUUGUUGAUGGGAUACCCUCAUCUUCAACAGAUAUUGUAGCAGAGGCUCAAGAAGGACCAGCAAGUAAGCGUUUAAAAACAGAAAACUACAAUGGGGACUCCAAUAAGAAUCUCAAAAAGAAAAGCCUUGCAUCUAAGCCUUUGAAAUGUGAUGUCUGCAAACAACUGCUGGAUUCUGAAUCGUUGAAGAUGUUCGGAGGUGAUGAUGCUGAUGCUGUAGAGGAGUUCAUUGCAUUGGCUUCAGAGUCCUUGUCCCUGUUUGACGCUGACAGUAAUGGUGACAGUGAGUGGAACGAAAAACCGCAGCAUCGUAUCACUGACUUUACUGUGUAUGAUGAGUAUGGUCACUUGUGCCCCUUUGACACUGGGUUGAUAGACCAGAAUGUACAUCUCUACUUUAGUGGUUAUGUUAAACCUAUCUACGACGAUUCCCCAAGUCUUCAAGGUGGAGUGCGGGGUUCCAGACUGGGUCCCAUUGAUUCCUGGUACAUAGCUGGGUUUGAUGGAGGGGAGAAAGAACUAAUAGGCUUCACCACAGCAUAUGCAGACUAUCUGUUAUCCCAACCCAGUGAACAGUAUGCCCUCUUAUUCGACAUGUUACGUGAGAAAACAUAUCUUAGCAAAACAGUAAUCGAGAUAUUGGAGGAGGAUUCAGAUAUGACAAUGGAGGAUCUGAUCAACUGUGUUCAGCUAGUAGUGCCACCCGAGAACUGCGCCAAGUUCUCCGAGGAAACUCUUCUGAAGCACGCUCAGUUUCUCAUUGAGCAGAUCGAGAGCUAUGAUAGAGCUGCUGAUGAUGAUGAGGACCUACUGAUCACAGUGCCCGCAGUGAGAGGGCUUAUCCAGCUGGCUGGAGUUACUCUGGGUGGGACACAGCCAGCUAACUCUCAUAGAGCUCUCGUUAAUGUUCAACCUAAGGUUGCUAGUAAAACUAAAAGUACGGACAUAUCGCACGCAACUGUCACGCCCCUCGUACAAUCUUCCUUCGAGGCCAUUUUCGUGGAUCAAAUGCAAGCAACUUCACGGCAGACACGGUGUAAUGAAUGUGAGGUAUGCAAGAUGCCUGAUUGUGGAGAAUGCAACAUGUGCAAGGAUAAGAUAAAGUUUGGAGGAUCGGGCAAAAAGAGGCAAGCCUGUAUGGAACGGAAGUGUCCAAACAUUGCGGUGAUGAGGGCCGAGGAGAACUCAGAGGAUAAAACGGAUAACUUAGACCCGAGCAACAAAGUGGCCCAGUUAAAGGCAGAUAAGAAAGUGUCUAGUAGCAUCGAAGGAAAGUUUACUGGAAACAUUAUAUGCAAAGAAGGAAAGAAAGUGUUUUAUAAGUCAGCAGUGGUUGAAAAUGAAGCAUUAUCCCUGGGUGACUACGUUUCAAUAGCUCCAGAAACCCCCGAUAUCCCAUCUUAUAUUGGCAGGAUCACCACUAUGUUUACUAAGGGCGGUGAAAACCUUCUACACGUUCACUGGUUAAAUCGUGCUGGAGACACAGUACUUGGUGAAGCACAUGACGAGCGCGAACUGUUUCUCUCGGACUCGUGUGAUGACGCUCCUUUAGGCUCUGUCCUCACUAAAGUUACUGUAAACUACUGCCCUCCUCCUCCUAACUGGAACAUGAUAGGUGGCAUGCCAGUUCCUGAGAAGAAGGAUACAGCUUUAUUCUUUAAGCUCUGGUAUGACAGUGACAAAGCAAGGUUUGAGUGUCCAUUAAGGGAGUAUCUGGAGUGGGAGGAGGAGGAGGGGUGCUGUCCUGCCUGUACUAGGAGGAGGGAGAGAGAAAGGGCGGCUAUUCCUUUCUUAGAAAAAGAGAAAGGUGUACUAAAAUACAAGAACAUUGAGUACAAUGUGGGGGACUAUGUUUACGUAAGAUCAGACGCUUACUCAAUGCCAUCCAGAGGAAAAAGCAAUAUCACAAAAAUAAGAAAAGACAAAGUUGAUGACGAAAUGUUUCCAGAAUACUACAGAAAGACCGACUACAUCAAGGGAAAUAACGACCUGGUUCCAGAAGUCUUCAGAAUAGGCCGCGUCGUCAGUUUCUCAACCAAACAAGAGGGACUGGAUGGGUCUUCUGUUAAGGUGACUGUUAAGAAGAUGUACCGUGCAGAGAACCUAGUGGGUAACCAUGGUAACAUAGAGAACUUCUGUUCGGAGGCAGCCGACAUCAACCUCCUCUUCUACAGUAUAGAUCAGGUUAAAAUACGCGCUGAAAAGAUAUUAGGUAAGUGCACAGUGCGACACAGGGAGGUUAUUGAAGAUCUGGGCAGGUACACAACUCUCCCCGACCAUUUCUACUUCUCAGAGUGCUGGGAUUCAGAUACUAAAAGCCUGGAGGAUAUCCCCUCUGAGGCUAGGUGUAGUAACAAAGGGAAAAAGAAGCGUGUAGACCUGGAGAGGAAGGAACCUUCCUUUAGGAAACUGAGAACUCUGGACGUGUUUGCGGGGUGCGGGGGUUUAUCAGAGGGGUUCCAUCAGGCUGGGGUAGCAGAAUCUUGCUGGGCUAUUGAGUUCUUCAGCGAGGCUGCCCAGGCGUACAAGCUGAACAACCCUAAAGCUGAGGUUUUCAAUGAGGAUUGUAACGCGGUGUUGAAGAUGGCAAUAGAUGGGGUCCCUACUAACAAACUGGGUCAGCAGAUACCACAGAAGGGUGAAGUGGAACUCUUAUGUGGGGGUCCACCCUGUCAGGGCUUCAGUGGGAUGAACAGAUUUAACGCGCGGGAAUACAGCAUGUUUAAAAACAGCCUUAUUUCCUCCUACCUCAGCUAUUGCGAGUUUUACAGGCCACGCUACUUUCUGCUUGAAAACGUGCGCAACUUCGUAUCUUACAAGAAGAACAUGGUGCUGAAACUGUGCCUAUCUUCACUCGUAAAUAUGGGGUACCAGUGCACGUUUGGCGUGCUACAGGCAGGAUGUUACGGGGUGGCACAGACUCGACGCAGAGCCUUUGUUUUAGCCGCUGCUCCCGGAGAAGUACUCCCACAAUUUCCUGAGCCUAGAUUUUCCGACAUUUCUUUCCUCAUGACAGUCUCUGUGGAAGCAAUGAGAGCCGGACACUGGUUGAUCCUGACGAGUUGCAACCUGGCACCAACUGACGUUCUUGGAAUCGAUGACAAGACCCGAAGACAAUAG